CCCAUAGAAAACCCAGUCGCCAACGUUGCCAACCAAUGAUCGUGCAUCCCCCACCAUCUAGCAGCAGAGCAGUGCUGGUGAUUCAAGCGACGCGAAAAAGAUCAGAAAGAGCCUAUAGGGGUUUCGAAAGUGAAAUCGUUCAGUGUAUAAUUCGACUGUUAACCAAAUCGUUCGUUGUUGUUCCCGUUUAGCCGGAGAAUAUUGAAAAUGAAGUGUUUAGUGGUGUGUUUGUUGGGCCUUAUGGGCCUUAACGUAGCUUAUGCGACGACAUGUUACUAUUGCGAUUCGUCCAAGGAAGUGAGUUGCAGCUACGGAAUCGUGUCCUUCAUUUACCCCACUAAGGACUGCAACGAAGGCCUUCUCGGCAGUUUGCCCCAGAGUUGUGUCAAAGUGACCGCCACAAACAAGAAUGGCGAAAGCUACGUGGCAAGGGGGUGCGUGCCGAGCAUCGGCCAGAGUGUUUGCAAUGCGAUCGUGAAGAGCGCCGGUUUCUUCACCUCGUUGGAGACAAAGGACGACCUGGAUGUGAACUGUUACACCUGCGACACCGACAAGUGUAACUCGUCGCAGAGGAUAGCCGCCACCACGUUCGUGGCCAUUCUGAUCGCCCUCGCCGCUUUCAUGUUCUAAUCGCGUUUGCCAAAGUACAUAAUCAUCGCUGGAAGCUCUAUUCGUAUUUUAUAUAUGAAACCAUUUCCGAGUUUUCCCUCGUAUUCGUUACUGUUUUAAAAUUUUGUUUCCAUAUAGGUAUAGUUCAUUUAUCCACAGACGAGGACUGUUGCAUGAUUUUGUGUUGUUAAUGUCGCUGGUUGGAUAGGAAAUCACGCGACAGUUCCUUUUGAACCGAACAAUUUUGAUAUGUUAGAAAUUUAAGUGGGGAACAACAACCGUAACGCACAAUUCGAUUUGUAGACGACCAAAACUGUAAUGUAUGUGUCGUGGUAUAUUUUUCAUAGAACGGGUGGCCUACGCUUUUUCUGAUUAAGUUUUGCAAAAACAGACCGGGACGGCUGUUGUUCUUCGACCAGAGUUUUCUCUAUUUUUAUAACGAAUAUACCUAUCUAUUGUUAGCAAUAUCUACAAAAUUUAUAUGUAUACUGUCAAAUCUUUAAACUGAACUUAAAACUGUAUUAGAAGUCUAGAUUUAUUUAAUAAAGUUUUUAAUUUUU